UCCCUACUGUGCGCCCAUCACAUCUUCCUGAAGCCUCUUUUACGUGCAUGCUGAGUGCAGCCCAUUCCACAGAGGAGAAAGCAGAGGCUAUAGCUAGGCCAAAACCUAGCCGAGACUCAGUCCAGUUAUCUUCUGACUCCAGCCUGUAUUCUCAGUACCAAGGUAGGGAGUCUUCUGGGCCCUGCCCUUCUGGAGGUCACAGCUUUCCAGGCUUUCAUCCAUGCAGCAAAGUCACCGAAGGCCUCACCAGUACUGGGGGCAUGGUGACUGAAACAGUCCUGGAUUCUGUUCCCUCAGAGCUCAUGGUCCUAUGGCGGCAGAUAGGCCCGUUGCCACACGGAGUGGUCAGAGUUGGGAUGCGGAGCCCAGGGUGCUGACCUGGGAGUCGGGGAGGGCUUCCUGAAGGAACUGGCCACUUCUGAGUCUGUCUCAUGCUCUUCUUGUUAUUCUCUCCCAGUCUCUGCAGUUCUCACCCUCUGCAUCUCUGAGACUGUUUCCCAGUUUCUUCACUCUGCCAAACCCCAGCCGCAUUCUUUUGCCUUAUGUCUGUGUGGACUCCCUUGAGUGCUUCUCUGUGUCUGUUUCCUUGUGAGUGUCUCUGUGAGUGCCCCUCUGUUUCUUGUCUCUGAGUCUCUAUUCUCUCUCUGCAUCUAUGGAUCUCUCCUGCCUCUCUUUUCCCAGUCCUAAGCUUGACAUUGCCUGUCUGAAGAAGUGUCCAAGCAGGAUCUUGAACACUACACUAAGAGCUUAGACUUUACCCUGAAGGCAGCAGUAAGCCCUGAGAAGCUGGAACCAAGUUCAAACAGGGGAUUGGCAUCAGAUUUGCACUUUAGAAAGAGCCCUGACACAGCCAUGCUGUGGACUAGAGGCCUGAAGGAGGCAGGGGCAGGUACCAAGCAGAGGAGAGAGACUGCGUGGUUCAAGCGUGGGGAGGGGAUGAGGGUCUCCCAGGGGCAGAGCCAGCAGAACCCUGGGUUGAGAGGGGGCAUGGGAGGAAGAAGGAAACAAUGCCAAGACCUCUGGGAAGCUGGUCGCCUGGGAGAGGUGUCAAAUUUCCUCUGUUCCCGCCUUCCUCCCUUACUGCUCCCUCUCUGACGUCACAUUUUCCAGUCUGGUUAGAAGGGUGAGGGCCUCCCUCCCUCACAGGAAGUGCCCUUCAGCCCCCUGCCACCCGGGCUAGACUACCCAGCCCCAAGACCCUCAAUCCCUACCCCCACAUCACUAGCCCUUCCUGCUCUGACCCCCCCCUGCUCACUUCAGUCACAGGACAAGGGAGGAGAUGGGAAGAGGGAAUGAUUGCUGGAAAGAACCUUUUGUUUGUUUUAAUUUAAAUUCAAUUAAUUAACAUAUAAUAUAUUAUUGGUUUCAGAGGUAGAGGUCAGUGAUUCAUCAGUCUUAUAUAACACCCAGGGCUCAUAACAUCAUGUGCCCUUCUUAAUGUCUAUCACUCAGUUACUCCAUACCUCCAGCCCCCCUCCACUCCAGCAACCCUUCAGUUUGUUUCCUAUGAUUAAGAGUCUCUUACGGUUUAUCUCCGAAAGGAAGCUUUUAAAUGUGUGCACUUAAGUCCUCCUGAGGAAAGGGAGAGAAAGCUCAACGGCGGGGUUGAGAGACGGAUGGACAGAGAUGAAGAGAUGUAGCAAGCCCGAGAUGGAGAGAUGGGGAGGGAGACAAAGAUGGAGAGAACAUUCACAAGGAGCAUCCAUGGACAUCUGGAACUGGGAUGAAGCGUCUCCACAGGAAGUGCCCCCAGGGAACAGGCUGUCAGGGCUGGAAGGAGCUGAACUCGGCUUCUAUUUCCCCGAACUGGCGCUCCCCGGAGACACGCUGAUAGCGGAGACACGCUGGAAAGGUGACUGUGGGCUGGGACUCCUGGGAGCUGAGGAAGGGCUCCCACAGCCGGACUGGGGCUCCGCGUUACCGCACCCAGAAGCUCCAUGGGGGGCGGAGCCCGCCCCUCAGGCUCUUCGGUGGUCGGGAGACUGGACAGACUUGGAGUGCACCGGCUCGGACCCUUGGAGCGGCGUCUUCCAGGCCCUGGGCCCCGCCCCUCCCGGCCUGGGUCCCGCCCCCUUAGCUGGUGCUGCGGGGGCUGCGGGCCAGAACUGUACCAUCUCCGGGGGAGGGACCAACUCGUGGUCCUGCGCCCAGGCCGCCGCCAGCUCCACCAACUGGGACUGUUCUAUUGGCCUCGACGGCCCCACCUACUGGGGCAAGGGCCUCCGCGGGGAGCCGAGCGCGGACUCUACCAUUUCGUUGGGUGGGCCUGCGGGCUCAGACUAUACCACCUCCUGGGUCUCGGGGCUGCAAACGGACUGCACCACCUCUUCAAAGGGGUACCAGACUUCAGAUCUCACCACGUCCUCCGAACCAAGCCAGCAGUCGGGCGGCGUAACCUUGGCUUGUUACCCCAAAAAUAACCACCGAGGUCCCAUUCAGCUGUGGCAGUUCCUCCUGGAACUUCUCCGAGACGGGGAGCGUAGCAACUGCAUCCGCUGGACUGGCAACAGCCGCGAGUUCCAGCUGUGUGACCCCAGAGAGGUGGCGCGGCUGUGGGGUGAGCGCAAGAGGAAACCCGGCAUGAACUACGAGAAACUGAGCCGAGGCCUGCGCUACUACUACCGUCGCGACAUCGUGCGCAAGAGCGGUGGGCGCAAGUACACGUACCGUUUCGGGGGCCGCGUGCCCGGCCUGGCCUAUCCGGACUGCGCUGGGGGUGGACCGGGAGGAGCGACCCAAUAAAAAUAUCCCAUCAAACUAGUCGUGAAAACAGGAGGGUGAUGAGAACCGGUAACCAGCGUCUCAAGCCCCCACUGGACCUUCGAAGUGCCACGCAAGCUCACGAUUGGGCCGAGAGUGAUGAUGAACAGGCAUUCAGCCCAAUAGGAGUUCGGGGUUCGCCCGGAUGGGCGUGGCCUUAAUGGCUUGGCGGACGGCCUCCACGAGGGCGCUCUAGCCAUGCGGAAGACUCUCAUUUACUCGGCCUCUCCUCACUUCCGGCCGGUCUUAAUUCCGCUUCCGGUCCGACUCUGGCGUUCUUGCUGAGGGUCACAUUGAGCUGCGAGGUGUUGCUGUGGUGUGUUUAGAAUCAGCACCAUGGCAGAAGACAUCAAGACCAAAAUCAAGAACUACCAGACUGCCCCUUUUGACAGCCGCUUCCCCAACCAGAACCAGACCAGGAACUGCUGGCAGAACUACCUGGGUGUCAGCCUGGGACGACCGGCGGGCAGAAGGCACAUUUCCUGGGAAGAUCUGAACUGGCUUUACCCACCUCUCCUCUGUCCUCCCUCCUUCUCCCAGGGAGGUGAAGGGGGACGUGGGUGCAUGGUGAUCCCCGCCCUGGGAUUCUGAAUCAUGGCUUAACUAAUAAUAAAUACUUGUUGGAAAAGUGUAA